UCAUCAAGAUGGCUGCUACUUCUCAGUUUGCCAGUCGAUACAAAAAGGAUUUGAGUACAGAAACCCUCAGAACAAAAGUUGCACGUAGAAAAUCAAUGCUUCAAAAGGAGAACAGACACAAGUUGUUUGAAAAGGGCAGACAGUUUGGAUUGGCAGAUGUCAAUGUUCAGCUCUCAAAAGAGAGGGGGAUUUCUCAACUAAAUGAGACAAGUGAAAUGUGCUCUCAAGAGAACUGCAGUGUAAAACAGAAACAGUCUACAAAUGCAGCCACCAAGAAGGUAAAUGAACGCAAGGAAAUGCUCCAGCGCUAUAAAGAAGAAAAGGAACUUCGAAAACUGAGAGAGCAGAGAGAGAAAGCAAAAAAGGGUGUGUUUAAAGUUGGGUUAUAUAGACCAACUGCACCUGGAUUUCUUUCGCUUGUACCUGAAGAUCCAGUCAUAGUGAAGCCAAGAGAGAAGGCAGCUCCUGCUUUCUCUGGGAGGAUUACUCGAUCAAAGGCCAAGAAGCAAGAAGAAAAAACUGUGAUACCAACUGCAUCUAAGAACUCUACGGUCUGUGCCAGUGGGCAUAGUGUGCGCCCUACACAAGCAGGUCGUAAACAGAUGAGUACAGACAAUGCAGCUGAAAAAGAGAAAGUAUUGCAGACUACAGUCCCGACAACCUCAAAUGUAAGAAUCACCAGAGCGGCCACCUCUGCAGCUAGGCAGGUGCUGAAAACAACAGCUACUGCUGGUAACCAGUCACAGAGAAAGACAGCAAAUGUAGGAAAGCAGAAGCAAGCAGUCAAACCUGACAUCAUGGAGGUAAUUCCUUCUAAACAUGAAGUGGAUAACAAUGCUCAACUGGAUCCAGUGAUGAAAGGUUCUGCAGCUGAUUCUAAACAUUCAGCAUCAGUAGAACUUCAACAGGAACAAACCUCAGUGGAAAACAAAAACAAUUCUGCUCCAGGGAGACCCAGAACACGCUCUUUUGCACCUCAAAACUUUGUGUUUCAACCGUUAAAUGGAUUAGCGACUUACAAAGUUACACCCAUGACUCCUUCUAGGGCAAAUGCAUUUUUAACACCUGAUGCUUUCUGGGAUUUUUCAGAAUCUCCAGUUAAUAUAAUUGAAAAAUCCAGUGAAACUAAUGCACAAGAGCCUAAUUUUAGAAGUCCUGUUUCACCUGAUGGUAAAGACAUUCAAGAACAGCAAACCCCUACAAGUUUGAAAGGAGAAAAAGCAAGUGAAUCAGAUGAGAAAACUUCCAUUCAGAGAUCAAAUGAAACAAUUCCUAUCUCUACGGAUACAACAGCACUCGAAACGAAGUCAGACAAUGUGAGAGAGCAAGAGCAUGAUGUGCCCUAUUUCAGAAAUAUUCUUCGGUCUGAGACAGAGAGGCUGAUGUCUCAGUGCCUCCAGUGGGAUGGAAAAUUUGAGCUGGACAUUCCAGAGGAUGCUAAAGAUCUUAUUCGCACUACAGUUGGUCAGACAAGACUGCUCAUAGCAGAAAGGUUUAAACAGUUUGAAGGACUGGUGGAUAAUUGUGAAUUUAAACGAGGUGAAAAAGAAACGACGUGUACAGACUUAGAUGGAUUUUGGGACAUGGUUAAUUUUCAGGUUGAAGAUGUGAAUAAAAAAUUUGAUAAUCUGAAGAGGCUUCAAGACAAUGACUGGCAACCACUUGAUGUCCCAAACAAAGCAAUUGUCAAGAAAAAGGCUAUUCCAAAUGCGGUAUCUAAACCAAACCUGGGAGCGGCUGGAAGAACUGCUGCCCGAAACCGACUUGCUGCCAUAAAAGCAGCUAUGAGAGAUAAAAUGAGGCAUGACAGAUCUGCUGAUGGUACACAUCAGGAGAAGCUACCAGAAGUAGAAAAAGUGGUUUUUGAAGCAGGAUUUUUCAGAAUCGAAAGCCCUGUGAAAACCUUUCCAGGCUUGCUUUCAAAGACACCUUGCAGAUCUUCCCAGCGGACUUCUGAAAAACUGACAACUCCAGGAUCAUCCAGUAGAGCUUUGCUUCAGAGCAUUCAUUCUGUUCUUCAUAACCCUGAGGAUACAACUGCAAAACAAACACCACCAGAGCUCAAAGGCUUCCACCCAGUACAAAAUUUGAAAAUGCACCAAUUUCCCUCUGGAAAAACUCUCCCACUGGAAAAACUCCCUGGUGGUUUUCUCGAACAAAGCAUUUCUGCAGUUGCAGAAGAGCACUGUCCUGUUACUGGCAUAGUAGAGGGAACUAAGGUGCUGGAAAAUUGUAGCAGUGAAUUAGAAGUAAUGGUUGGCAUGGAAGAGAUGGAACUAUCUGCAGAACAACAAGGACAAGAUAUUGUCAUGUGCAGUCCGGAGAAGGAGACCUGCACAGAGAGUAACUUUGUUCAGUCUGGAGAACCAAAAAUACAUCAAACAGGUGUUUCAUGUGUGACAUCCAUUGACAGAAAUCCUUUUGAUAUGCCAAUGCUGGAUGCUGAACUUCCCUUCACUCCAGUCAAGAGCAAAGCCCAGAAGCUUGCGGCAGCUGAAGCAGUCAGUGACCUUAUUGUAUUUUCUCCCCUUUCUUCCUCUGGGGAAAAAUGA